UUCCCCCCAUUUCCACUUCCUCUCAGAUUGAAAAAUUUCGAAACCGCCGGAGAGACUGAAGAGAGCCUUCGCCGCCGAUAGACAAAAGAUGAGAGGCGCCGGCCGCCGCCGUCCAAAGGAAUCUUUCAAUCCUCCGCCGCCGCCCACUCCCCAGUUCCGCCGCGAUUCCGAUGCUAGCUUUGCCAGUAGCCGCCCCUCUUCGAUCGGAAUGGCUCGUUCCGCCGCCGCCUCCAUCGACAUCUACAAAGAGCGAGCCGUUCAGCAUUCCGCUGUCAACGCCAUCAAUUCGUCUCUCAAGGAACUCUUCUCUCAUUCCUUCAACGUAACCUUCAAACCUUCGACUCCCUCUUCCCUUAAAGAUCUUACCGAAACUAUCAAUUUGCUUCUGCAAUGUCUCGAUUAUCCCCCGACGAAACUGGAGGACGAUCUCCCAAUCGUUCUUAAAUCCCUAGGGUAUCCCUUCAAAAUCAAUAAGAGCAUCCUCAAGACACCUCCUGCCCCUCAUCAGUGGUACUCAAUUCUUGCCUUGCUUCACUGGCUCGUGCAGGUUGCCGUGUAUAACAAUAGCUUAGCAAAUGAUUCACAUUCGUUUAUAACGGCUAACCAUGUGAAUGUAUAUGCGCUUGAGAGCUAUGUGCACUAUAUUCGCGGGGAUGAUGAUUCAGUGGAGGAUUUAGAUCAGAAGUUUAUGGAGCGGUUGGAGAAAGAGAGGGAUAAUACAGUCGAAAGCUUGGGGGAACUGAAGCAGCAAGUUGAGGAGCUCGAAGCCAAUGCUGAGGCGUUGCGGACGGAACCCUCGCAGAGGGAGGUUCUUGAGAAGCAGCAGAGUGUGCUUGAAGAGGAUGUGAAGAAGUUCCACACGAUGAUUACUGGGUACAGUGAGAAGGUGCAGGAAAUGAAGAAGAUUUUGGAAGAAAAGGAAAAGGAGUUGGAAGUUAAAGCGCAGGAGAAGAAGAGGAUUUGUGAAGAGAAUGAGGAGCUGAAGAUGAGGGUGGAGUCGCAGAUGUUUAAUCCCAGAGAUGUGGAAAGGAUGAGGAGAGAAUUGCAGGCUGUGGAGAGGGAUAUAGGUGAUGGCGAAGUCUCGAGGAAUGCGUGGGAGGAAAAGACAUGGGAUCUUGAUGCAACCUUGGGGCAUAAGUUUAAGGAGCUUGAGGCGAUGGCAAUGGAGUGUAACCAAGCUAUGAGGAGAUUGAAGCUUGAUAAUUGUCGUCAGUAUAUCUUGAAUGCAAAGGGGUCGACGCCAGCUGAGUUGAUGGGGAUUGACUAUAAGUCCACUGUUAAACCUGCACUUGACUCCCUUGCAGAUGACAUAAAGAAAAGUUCCAUGACCAAGUUGGAAGAUUUGAUUUCUCUCAGGCAGCAAUCAAGUGAAAACACUGCUAAAAUGGAGUCUAGACGCAAGAAUAUAGCUUCCCUUCAAUCCCAUAUUGAUGAAAUUGAAACACAAGUGAACUCUUUAAGAAACGAAACACAAGAUUAUAGGUUAAGAUGCUCCACAGAAGCAAAGAAGAUGGUGGAAGAUGUUCGACAAGAAGCUCAUAACUUGGAUCUUAUGGAAAGAGAAGCAGGGGAGAUUUUGAAGAAUGCUAAAUUGAAGCAUCAGGAAGCAGUAAAGCAAAGCGAAGAAGAAAUCCAGAUAUGUGCUCGUGAACUCCUUGCAUGGGUUGACUCCGUCUCAAAAUAUCAAGAAUCUGUUAGGUCCAAAAUUUCAGAUAUGAAAAGCAACCUCUCGAAGACUGCCAUCGGUAUCUCGGAGGCUUACAAGAAUUCUUUGCCUGCAGAAAUGGGUACUGUUUUUCCUUAAGAACAUCGUCGAUUACGCGUAGAACCUUUGCUUUAUAACUCCAUAGAUAUGCUGCUCACUGCUAUGUUUAUUUUUAACAGAAAAGGCAACGCUAGAUAUAAUUGUAACUUUCAGUAAAUGUAAUAUCAGUAUGAAGUACUUAUAAGUAGUGUGUGGUUUAUCUGAGAUGUGAUUGAAGAAUGGUAUUUAACAAUGGUCUAUGAAUGAAAUAUUGGAAUUGAAGACUCUUAUGCAA